GAGAAAGAGAGAGAACAGAUACUCUACUUCUUCUCUCUCUCUCUCUCUCUCUUUCUGCGGGAAUUUAAAUCGGAAGAUCAAACAAAUGGCCGACGAACCUGCGUUGACUCGAUGGACAUUUCCGAUUAAGUUUGGGAGGAGGAAGGUUCCUGCACCAGAUGCAUCUGAGAAUGGUGAUUCUGUACAAAAUGGAAAUGGAUCUGUGCGGAACACUGCAGAAUUAUCCAUUUUCGAGCAGUAUAAUCAGGCUAAUGGAGGCUCAACACACUCUAAUGGAGUUCAGUCUGCCGGAGUGGAUGGAAAACCGCAAAAAUCUCUACUUCCUCCUUUCGAGUCUGCAGAAAUGCGCACUUUAGCAGAAAGCUUAACCAGGGAUAUUCUUCGUGGUAAUCCAGAUGUUAAGUGGGAGAGCAUUAAAGGAUUAGAGACUGCCAAGCGUCUACUAAAAGAAGCAGUUGUCAUGCCUAUUAAAUAUCCAAAGUAUUUUAAAGGUCUUCUAACUCCUUGGAAAGGUAUCCUCCUUUUUGGCCCUCCCGGAACAGGAAAGACCAUGCUUGCGAAGGCAGUUGCAACUGAAUGCAAUACCACAUUUUUCAAUAUCUCAGCAUCAUCAGUUGUCAGCAAAUGGCGUGGUGAUUCUGAAAAAUUGAUCAAAGUGUUAUUCGAGCUCGCCAGGCAUCAUGCACCUUCAACCAUCUUUCUCGAUGAAAUUGAUGCCAUUAUCAGUCAACGUGGGGAAGCGCGCAGUGAGCAUGAAUCUAGUAGGCGUUUAAAAACAGAACUGCUCAUACAGAUGGACGGUUUGAAUCGGACAGAUGAACUUGUCUUUGUUCUGGCGGCAACAAAUCUUCCCUGGGAACUGGAUGCAGCAAUGCUCCGACGUCUUGAGAAGCGGAUCCUUGUGCCCCUUCCGGAAGCAGAAGCAAGGUGCGGGAUGUUUGAGGAAUUACUACCAUCCCUUCGUGAAGAGGCGCCACUUCCAUAUGAUUUAUUGGUAGAAAAGACAAAAGGCUUUUCCGGUUCUGAUAUUCGGCUAUUAUGCAAGGAGGCUGCCAUGCAACCAUUACGACGUCUAAUGGCAGAACUUGAUAAGAGGGAAGAAUUGGUGCCUGAGGAUGAGUUGCCCAAUGUUGGACCAAUAACUGUGACAGAUAUCGAGAUGGCACUGAAGAACACCAGACCAUCUGCACACCUCAAUGCACCUAGGUACGAUAAGUUCAAUUCAGAUUAUGGCAGCCAUGCUCUCCAGUGAAGGCACCCCGAUGUAUCCUCUCAUUUCUGCUGUUGUCCUCUGAUCUAUUCAGCAAUGUGCCAACACAGAUGUUAAGUUUUUAAAACCUGUGUUUGUAAAAUGUAUGACUCUCUUGUGUUUUGAGCAAUUUAGCUUUAGUGUGCUCAAUUAUCAUUCA